AUGGUGUCGACUGUACUAGGCAAGAGGUCUCGAGCAACCGCAGAAGGCGCUGCAGCAGCAGAGGGAGUCGCGACGCGCUCGAAGCGGCGCAUCGUCUUGAACGAGCCGAACGACGAGAACAGCAACCCCUUCCAAUCGUCUGAGAACGGCGAUGUGGACGAAGCUGGAGAAGAUGGCGACAGACCCGCGAAGAAGACGCGUCGUGGAGCUGCAGGAAGAGCUGUACCACACAAACAUGGCGCACCAGAACAGCGUGUUGCAGUCUCGCCAGCCAAGAUCAACGCGCAUUUCAAAGUCGGCAAGGCGGCGAUACAUGUCUACGAAGAUGGGAAGAGCAAUCCCAAAUCAACACCUUCGACGCCCAGACAUCGCGACGCGCUCUCGAAGAAGGUGCCAAUCACUCCACACCACCGUGCUCUUCUUGCCACCAGCCAGAUUACUCCCAGGACACCGAAGACACCUACCACCCCAUCCAACGCGACCAGCGCGGUCUACAAUCAAGCACGGCAGCUGUUCUCGCGGUCAUCGAAUCCUGGGAAGCUAAUCGGACGAGAUGAAGAGAGGCAGCAACUCUCGCAGUUCGUUAGUACGAGCCUGGAGUCAAAGUCUGGAGGAUGUCUGUAUGUGUCUGGGCCUCCAGGCACCGGGAAGAGCGCGCUUGUGGACGAGGUUCUCCAGCAGUUCAACGAUACGCCCAACCUCACCUUCUCGACUAUCAACUGCAUGAGCGUCAAGACGACCAAGGAUCUGAGCGGGAAGCUGUGUGAAGAUCUAAGCCUGGAAGAGGACUCUGGAUUCGACUACCUAAAAUCAUGCUUCGUCAGAGGAAAAGCAAAGGACAGCAGGAAGUACCUGGUCAUCCUGGAUGAGGUUGACACACUGGUGGAUCUGGAUCUGGAGCUGCUGUACGACUUGUUUGCAUGGUCGAUGAUGCCUUCUUCGCGACUCAUACUUCUCGGGAUCGCAAACGCGCUGGACCUGACAGACCGUUUCCUGCCACGCCUGAAGAGCCGCAGUCUGAAACCAGAACUACUCCCGUUCAUGCCAUACUCUGCUGGGCAGAUCGCCGAAGUGCUUACACUGAAGUUGAAGACUUUGUCCGACGCUGUACAGACCCCACUCCUUCAUCCGACUGCCAUCCAGUUCUGCGCGAAGAAAGUGGCAGGCCAGACUGGAGAUCUGCGAAAAGCGUUCGACAUCUGCCGACGUGCCAUCGAUCUCGUGGAGCAGGAGACGAAGGAGAACGACGUGAAGCUCGCACUCCAGGACAGCCCUUCCAAAACUCCUCUGAUGGAGAACAUCAACCUCUCAUCACCACCCACGCCUCGCUCUCCUACCAAGCACGAAGCCCGGCCAGCUUACACUAUCGACACCGCACCAAAAGCCACCGUCGCGCAUGUCGCAAAAGUCACAUCACAAGUCUUCGGCAACGGCACGACCCAACGCCUCGCAACCCUCAACCUCCAGCAGAAAGCUGUCCUCUGCUCCCUCUCCGCGCUCGAGAAGCGCAAACAAUCCCAGCAACUCGACCGCGCCGUCUUCGCUACGCCAUCGAAACGCAACACCACUGCUCCCUCGAUCAAGCAGCUCUUCGACGCAUACACCAGCCUUUGCAACCGCGAGAGCCUGCUCCAUGCGUUGACCAACACUGAGUUCCGCGACAUUGUUUCGGGGCUCGAGACGCUCGGGCUGUUGGCAGCGGUGGAAGGGAAGGCGGGGAGUUUUGCACUGCCAAUGACGCCGAGCAAGACGCCUAGCCGGAGGGGUAAGGGUGGGUUUGGUUCUGUGGGGGCGGGGGACGAGAGGAGAAUUGCUAGUGUGGUGGGGAGGGGGGAGCUUGAGGGGGCAUUGGAUGGGGCUGGAGCGGUGAUGCUCAGGGAUAUCCUGGAGGGUGGGGGCUUGAUCUGA